CAAGGUUUAUACCCAUGAUCGCAUAUCACCAUGUUUUGAUGUCUGUUCUAGCUAUUGAGGUCCUCUUUUUUGGUAAAAGUUUAUUGCGGCAUACUCGCUCCAGGUCAAUCAGGAUACCCAACUCACGCGCAUUAACAGCACUUUUACUUGCGGGCUGCAGCUCCAGCAAGCUUGGUCAUGUGUACUUGCUGUCAUUAGAAUACAAAAAUCCCAGCACGCUGGCAAUUUCAGACGAAACUAUAGUGAGCACAGGAAUUGCCCAUGCAGUCCAGAACGUGACCGAAAAUGGCGACCCGCCAACUCUCCAAGUUCGAGCAGGAUAUAUGGGGCUCUGCAUUAUGCCUCAAGAUGGGGAAUGGAUUUGUUCGACGAGUGCAAAAAGUUUAGCGAAUAUCAUGAAGAUCUCGGGCCGUUCAAUAAAUGGCACUCGGGACCCACUCAAUCUGAUUUAUACUGCCAACAGUUUCAAGGAGAAUAUUGUGUUUGACGGGCUGCUGUUAGUUUUCGAGUUCCUUAUCAUCCAUUGCAGACUGAACCGUCCGAGAUUUAUCGUUGUUUCUGUGUCUGUUAUCUGCUUCCUUAUGCUCGGAACAUUUCCUGGGUGGCACGAGGAGAUGGAUGAGGAUGGAGAAGACAGAGAAGUCAAACCUUUUCCAUCGUCUGCAGUAUCACAAGCUGCUUUAGGGGCUUCUAGCGUAGGGUUUGCAUUUAGUCUCAUAUCUAUACUAUGGCAGCAUAUCAACUCCGCAGCAACGGCCGAUAUGGCAGAAAAAUUUAGUUACGGCCAAAUCGCCGGCCAUGUUGGGCCUACAGCGAUGGCAUUUGGGUGGAUCGGAACAGCACUUAUUGGUGGGGUAACUUUCGGUUUGUUGGUCAUGAUCUUAAGCAUCAAUUUGAUUAGAAGGUUGACCGAGGACGAAUAA